CACUCAUUCAAUCAUUGCUUUUCACAUCUAAAGCGCUAGUUUGGCUUAUACAAAAUAUCGGUUGUAUUCUAAUAUUUGUUUUGCAUUUCGUGUCUGGCAAGAAUGCUUUCUGUAAAGCAAAGGACCUUGGUAAUAAGAGGAGUACGAUACUUUCGCUUGGGAUUGCACCACAGAACGCUGGGUAGGACUAAAGGAUGCGACAAGACCUCGGCCACAGUGCUCACCAGCCAUUUGCCUAAGAACCAGCAAACGGAGUUACUGCCCGAGGAGCCAAGAAAGCCGGAAGAACUAAUGCAGCAUUUGGGUCCACGUCGCAAUGAGCAGGAGCAGCGAAGGAUUCGAAGAGCUCAAUACGAAUCGCACCUCAAGGAGCUGCUGCAGCAAAGACCCGUGGACGCCGAGAUGGCCAUACAAUGUGUGCCUUUUGUCAAAGUGUCUGGCGGUUCGGAAAAUCCCCUUAAAAGGCGAUACGAUAGUGCCGAAACGCUCCUCGAGCAGGUCAGUGAUCCCAAAGAAUUGGCCAAGGAGGUGAUUAAGUUGACCAGGGAGUUGCGCAUGGAGCGUCAGAAAAAUGAAAUUGUUAUGCAAAGUUUUUUGGAUCUUGAGGAGUCGUUAUUUCUGAAGAACUCGGCACCAAGUUCAGAUAACUCCCCCCCGAAGCCACCCAACCAAAAUCCUAAUUGCAAGUCCAAGUAAAUGGAUCUUAUAAUUCCCCUUAUCCUUUUAUAUCAAAUUUUAUUUCGUGCAAAUCUUUGGCUUAAUCUGGCAAUUCGCGAAAGAAAAUUUACAUCAAAUAAAAGCGCAUUUUCUAA